ACUUUCUUCUGCGGGUCAUGCCCACCACCCCCGCGCCGCCUGCCCACUCCCUCUCCUUCCCACCUUCUUUUUCCCCGUUCGGCCGCCGCAGCCAUCCCCGCCUUCCACCACUCGGACUUCGCGCCGCCCAAUAACUCCCCGGCCUCCCAUCGCUCUACCCGCCCCACCUCCCACCGCUCUCACCUUCCAUCUCCAGCGCCAUCCCAUGACUCCCAGAAAUCACACCCCAUGGCAUCAGAUCUGAGCGGCAGGGCCCCGAUGGUGGCGCCAUCUUUCUCCUGCGUGAGCUUCCCUCGUCAAUGGCCCUGCUCGUGCCCAUGGCGAACCAAUACCCCAAGCUUCCUCUCCCCCACCUUUUCUAACUUCUCCCUGGAUGGCCACCGCCCCCUGCUUCGUUGACCAGAACAACCCCUCCUCCCCAUCCAUGGUGGUCGCCCCACCACCGCGGCCUCUCCUGGUGCCAGAUCCGGUAGGAUCCGCCUCAAGCGCCGUCGUCCCCAUGGGAUCCGGUGGGGUCCGCCUCCAGCGUCGGCGUCCCCAUGGGAUCCGCCUCCCGCCCCCUCCCCGUUGGCUACCUCCCUGCUGUGCCGGGAAACAGCGCCGCGCUGCCAGGCCCCGCCCCCAUCACACCAAUGAGCACAGCAGCCUCAAUCUCCGACAAUGGAUCCAGGCACCCCCGGUCAGAUCGCGCCCCAAGUACCCGUGCAGGCGCCGCCAAGUUCGUGGUUCGCCGCCCCUCUGUCCCCCUCUUCCACCUCCCAUCCUCCAUUGCUGGAGCAGCACGGCCCAUGGGCGUGCACUGCAUUGUGACUCCUCAUGCAGUGCAGAUUGGGCAUCAGCUCGCUGGAUCGAUCUGGAGGUUCCCAUGGGCCUCCUCUCCCAACUGCAUCGCCCUUCCCCGCGGCCUACUGCAAGCAUGGCGAGUAGAGCAUCAGCAGAUGCAUAGUGCUCUUCUGCACUUCAUUGAUUUUUGUGCUUUUCUGAACAGAAAAAAGUGAAAAAUGAAGUCCGCUGUGGUUUGCUAUUGAGGUUCAGUUUACUUAUUUUUGCAUUAAAGGUGAAGUGAUGCAGUUCGGCUGGAUGGCCCGUUCCUCAAUUUUGUUGUUGUUGAAAACUGCACUUCAUUAGUUCAUUUUAAAAACUGCACUUCAUUACCAUGAUGGUUAGUUUUGUCUUAGUGAAAGUGUACCCCGUAGAAUUUUGUGCCGUUCGGCCGGUGGAGAGUGCAGAUAUUGUAUGGGUGUGUGGCUGUGUAAAACUAUCAGAAGUUGUGUAUGCUUUGUAGC